AUGCCCUCUGUCCGUCCGCCUAUGACCCCUGAUAGCCCUUCUUCUGCAGGAACUGUCCAAGCAGAGUCAUCCUCUAUCUACUCUCAGAGUGAAGGCCAUCCGAGCCCUCUCCGGAUUCAGAGAGACGACAUCCCGCGACACAUUAAGCAUGUGUUAGAGUCGUACAGCGGCUGGAAAGAUACAAAGGCCCCCGCGCUCGUUUCCGAUACGAGCGGUCGCGGAGGGAGUGCUCAAGGCCGUGGCCUGCCCAAAGGUAGAUUGGAAGCUCUCAAACAACCAGUCAUGGACGCAAGUGACAUAUACUCUCCUCUACGGCCCUACUUCGCCUAUAAGGAACUUCCCGUACAGAGAAUUGCGGGUAAGACCCUGAUUGGCGAGCAAGGAUGGCUUGAGCGACCCGACAACACUCCCGACCGCAAGAGAAAGGAUGGGUCUCCAAAGAAGCCCGGACUUCUUGACUACCUCAAGAAGAUUGCCAAGGAAAUGGUAGAAGUCCCUGCGCUUCAGCGUCCGUAUCUCGAGGAUAUUGAGAGAGAGACGAAAGUCCAGAGAGUCACGAUCUCUCUCGACCCCCGUGAGCAGAGUCUUCUUUACUGCGAGCUUGAGUUCCAUAUCAGUAACGCACUGCAUGCUUACAUCACGAACGAGCUGAACCAUGGCCGUCUGAAUCCUGACAAACUCAAGAAAAUCGCCGAUGGAUGGACGCAGAAGGGCCGUCCAAGAGUCGUGGGAUUUCGCUACGACCUUGAAACCCAACUCGAUCUCGUCCAUCUACACAUUGACGAGUUCCGGUUCUUUGGCCGCCGUCAAGGCAACCCGAUUGAGAUCGCUGGUCUGCUUCACGCGAUGAAAAUCAACGCACGAUCUUUGCGCAUUCGUACUUACUGUCAGCCUGAUUCCGUCAUUGCUAAGCAACUCGUUGACUCGCAAUCGCUCUGCAACACUAUUGGAUGCUCAGAGGCGCAGCAGAUAGCCAUUGCUGAGAUAGCCCAGUUCUUCAAGGUCAUUGUGGAGAGGGAACGGGCUUACCGAGCCAAGCUAGAUCGCGAUAACUCUGCGCAUACGCUGCCGCAUGGCCAGGGUGAUCGUCAGUGGGUACCUUCCAGGGAGCUGAUUGAGGGCGCGGAUCCCUACGGUGGGCUUCACUUGAUCCCCGACGGUUAUGAUGUUGGUAAGGAAACCCUUCGGUACAACAACUGA